AUGACGGAGGCAUAUUCGCAAUGGGUGCAGCAGGUUAGCGGUGGUAAAUUCGAAAAUUUCCAAAUCGAUUCCAGGAAGUCUCAGAAAAAAAAGAACUGGAACACGCGCGGAGGAAAUCAACCGGAAGUCGAGCACUUCACUCACUUCCUAUCGAUCGCUACCGAUAUCAACUAUCGGUUUUUUGCGAAGUGUGGUGAACGAAUAGGAGGAUAUGCUAUUGAAGAGGAAAUGUGUGUUAACUACUUAUAUUAUUUUCCUGCAUCCGAAGUGGAAGUGUGUAAAUCGGCAGUGGAUAACGAGACUUUAAACAGCUACUUCGAGAACGUGUGA